AUGUCACAGGACAGCUACAAUUACCGAUUGUUCGCCAGAAGCGAUUUCAGCGCCUUUUGGGCGCUGUUCACGGACAACCUCGUCAAUCUGAUGGUGCUUUCGGCCAUCUGCCAGUUUGUCUUCCAGAUGCCCGCCGAGAUCGUCUACGGGCGGAUCGUGCCCGGCGCGGCGAUCGCCAUUCUGGCGGGCGUGGCCGUCUACGCGCUGAUGGCCAAAUGGGCUGCGCAAAAGCAUGGGCGCGACGUCACCGCCCUGCCCUACGGCAUCUCCACGCCGGUCAUGUUCGUCUAUCUGUUCGGCGUGAUCGGGCCGAUCUACUGGGCCACACAGGAUGCCAUGCUCGCCUGGCAGGUCGGCAUCGGCGCCGGCUUCAUGGGCGGCAUCGUCGCCGCGCUCGGUGCGCUCAUCGGUCCGUUUCUCAAACGCAUCACGCCGCGAGCAGGCAUGCUCGGCACGCUGUGCGGCAUCGCCCUUGUCUUCAUCGGCUCGGUGCCCCUGACGCAGAUCUUCGAAAACCCGAUCGUCGGAUUCACCGCGCUGGUGAUCAUCCUGUGGGGUCUGGUCGGCCGUUUCCAACUGCCCGGCAACCUGCCGGCGGGCCUCGUCGCCAUCGCCGCCGGAACGGUGAUCGCCAUCGUUCUGGGCCAAUCCAGGCUGGAGCUCGACAGCGUCGGCUUCUAUCCGCCGCUGCCCUAUGUCGGCGACCUGAUCGCCGGCAUCCAAUAUCUGUUCGCCAAUCCGGAACUGUUCCUCGUGCUGGUGCCGGUACAGAUCUACAAUUUCAUCGAGACGAUGAACAAUGUGGAGAGCGCCGAGGCCGCCGGCGACGAAUAUCCCGUCGCGGUCUGCCAGGUGACGGACGGCGCCGGCACAAUGAUCGGCGCGGUGUUCGGAUCGCCCUUUCCGACCACCGUCUAUAUCGGUCAUCCCGCCUACAAGCGGCUGGAGGCCCAUGCCGGCUACAUCAUCGGUGUCGGCGGCGUGAUCGCCUUUGCGGCCUUCUUCGGCUUCCUUGCCUUCCUGAACGGUCUGAUCCCGAUCGCCGCAGCGGCACCGAUCCUCGUCUUCGUUGCGAUCAGCCUGAUCACCAACACGGCCAUGGCGAUCAAGCCGGCGCACAUGGCGGCCGUGACGAUCGCCAUCCUGCCGCACAUAUCCAGCUUCCUGGUCACCAAAUGGGGUUCGCUCGCCAAUGCGCUCAGAAGCAGCGGCGUGGAGGGAAUGCCCGCGCUCGGCAGCCCGGAACUGACCGCCGCACUCCUGAUGGAAGGCGCCCACUAUGAAGGCCACCUGGCGCUGUCGCAGGGCGCGAUCAUCACCGGCCUGGUCUGGGGCGCGAUCGUCGCCUCGAUCAUCGACGGACGGUUCCGCACCGCCGGGGGCUUCGCGAUCGCCGCCGCCAUCAUGUCGUCGAUCGGGAUCGUCCAUGCGGCCAGCCUGCAGAUGCCGCAGCUCGACGGGAUCACCAUCGGCUAUCUGAUCACCGGCGCCUUCCUGCUGCUUUAUCCGGCCAUCGCGCCAAAAGAGGAUCUGGAUCACCGGAUCAUCGUCCCCGACGAGCCCGAUUUCCUCGACACCGACGCCCCGUCGGGCAGGGCCUGA